UCCGCAGCAGCAACCGAUUCGACGAAGGCAGAAGAAAUCCGCGUCUGGAAACCGACGGCCAGGAUUUUUGAAUUCUUCCAAUUUUGAGCCCUUCUUCGGUGCUUCUUCAUCCAAUCUAGGAGUUCCGCACCCUCAAGCCUCAAGUCCUCAACAGGUUCUAAUUGGGGUUUUAAUUCCGUAAUUUCUAAUUUGAGUUCUGGUUGAGAGAUUGUUACUCCAUAUUUAUCGUUUUGUGCCAAUUUUAGCAUUUUGUGUUCAAUUCAAGCAACUAAGGAUAUGAUUUAGAAUUAUUGAGCUAUUCUUUUUUAUCAUGUGCUUGUAAUAUAUUGCUAUUUGCUUGAUUUUGUGAUUAAUAAUUUAAUAUACAUGUGCAUUCGGUUAAAAAAAACAUUUUAUGGGUCAUGGUGGGUGACCCAAAUUUCUAUUUGAAAAGAAAUUAAAUUUUGUAAAAUAAAAAAAAAUCCACAAAAGUAACUAAAAGUAUUACAAUUUUGAUUAUAACUCAAGCCAAAUUAUUUCCAUCAACUAAAAGAACUCAAGCCGAAUUACCUCAAGUAUAAUUAAUAAGCAUGUCAUUUUAUAGCUAUAAUUUGAUUUAUUUGAGUAUCUAUUUAUAGGUAGAUUUCAAUAACUUUUUGUUUAAAUUGAUAAUGUUUUUUAAAAAAAUAUGGCGUGUGGCCCCAGACCCUCGUAAUGUGCCCACCCUAUAGCUAUUUCGUGGCUCCGCCACUACCAACGGAUAUAUUCUUUUUUCUCCUAUAUAAUCCCUCUUUCACCUUCCUUUUAAAUACAAUUCAAGCACUCUAAUCUCCCAAUUGCUAUCUUUUGAUUCUCGUUCCAUCUCUUGAUAAUCAAAUACUAUUUUGAGAGCUAAAUAUACAUAUAUUAGUUGAGUGCAAAAGAGAUUGUCAUCCAUUAAAGCUUAUACUUUAAACACUACUUGCUCAAUUUGUGAGCUUCAUUUCUUGUGUUGUUAAACUCAUCUUGUUUGAGUUGUUGUUCUUAAGACUUGUGUGACUCAAGUCUUGGUGUUGUAAGAAAGUGAGGCUUGUGUGAUUCAAGUUCUCAAGUUGUACCAGUUUUUCAAGCACCUGUUGAAGCUUGAAGAUUAGUAGGACCUACGAGAGAGUCUCUCGGAGGACUAGAGUAGCCACGACGUGGUGAAUUAGUAUAAAUCUCGGUGUUCUCUUUUCCCUUGCUCUUUUACUUAUUCUUGCAAUUUUUAUUUCACACACGCGAAAAACGCACAUUCUUGAAAACAACUCUAUUCACCCCCUCCCCCUCUAGAGUUGCACUUUUGUCUAACAAUUGGUAUCGGAGCGGGAAGUUCUUCGAAUACGUUAUACUUUCAGGAACUAAAAGAUCAAAUGGCAUCAAGAAUGUUCAACGCAGGAGUUACUGAGGGACAAUCAACCACGAGGGCUACCUUAGUUCGAUGGAACAAACUACUCGUAUUGAAAGAAGAGGAUGAGAAUCUUCAUCCAAUCCAACGACUACAAGUUGUGGUUGAUUGUGAAAAAUGGCUGCGGAAUUCCAAUGAAGGAAGUAGAUGGAGUCUAUGUUCCCAAAACUGAAGAGGAGUUCGACGAAAACGACUUCAAGAAGAUGGAGCUCAAUGCCAAGGCAAUAAACAUAAUAUAUUGCGGCGUUAAUGUAGACAACUACCGGAAGAUCUCGCGGUGUGAAACCGCAAAGCAAAUGUGGGAAAAGUUGGAAAUCACCUACGUACGAAGAAACUUUCCAAGUUCGGGAGGCUAAGAUAGACCAACUCACCCAUGAGUACGAGUUGUUCUCAAUGAAGGAGAACGAGAAGGUGGAAGAGAUGUUCGAGAGAUUCUCUAACAUCAUCAAUCAUCUCAACCUUCUCGGAAAAGUCUACACCGACCGAGAACUUGUAAGGAAGGUGUUGCGGAGCUUGUCACCCAAGUGGCGUUCAAAGGUGGAAGCAAUCGAGGAAGGGCGCGGCUUCCAAACGAUGGCUUGUGACUCUCUUCGAGGUAAUCUCAUUACCUACGAAACCACUCAAUUUUCAAAAGUGGUUGAAGAGAAGAACAAGAGAAGCAUCGCUCUUCCCGCAACAAUGUCAACCAACAACGUUGACGACGAAGAUGAUGAUAGCGAUGACACCGACAUUAGACUCUUCGUCCGGAGAUUCAAGAAGAUGAUGAACAAGAAGGGAGCCAAGAAGAACACUCCACCCAAGUGCUAUGGGUGUGGUGAAGUUGGACACAUUAAACCAAUGUGUCCUAAGCUCAAGAAUGAGAAGGACAAGAACGCACCGAAGAAGCAACAUGCCUACAUCUCUUGGGAGAACGAUGGCUCCGGAAGUGAAGAUUCCGAAGUAGAGGAAGUGGCCAAUCUUUGCCUCAUGGCCAUCGAGGAAGACCAAGUAUCAAAAGAGGUAAGUGAUCAAGAACCUUUCUCAAAGAACUUGUAGGUAUGUUUAAAAAGGCCUCAAAAGAAAGUAAAGAAGUUAAACAAAAAAUCCUGAUUUUUGAGAAUGAUAUUAAAGAACUCAAAAAUAUAAAUGAUUCACUUAAACAAGAAAUUGUUUCACUUGGAAAAAGGCCGGAAACAUCACCGUCUUGUUCAUCUACUACAUGCUCUAGUUGCACUUCAUUUAAAACUAAGGUUGCUACUUUAGAGAGCAAAUUCGGAAAGUUCAAUAAAGCCUCAAACACCUUAGAUAAAAUCUUUAGGAAAAAAUCUAGUAAUGGUGAAGGACUUGGAUAUAAGAAAAAUCCACCUAGAAGAACAACAUUUGUAAAAGCUAGGGGAAAUAAAAAUGUUAGAACAAAUAAUCAAAUUAGUAAAACACAUCCUAGCAAACCUAGAACUUAUUACACUCAACCAUAUAGGAUGAAUAAUCCAAAUGUUAUUUGCCAUUAUUGUAAUAAAAUAGGUCACAUUGCACCCGUGUGCUUCACCAAACAUAGGCAUUUUCAACAAACGCACACACAUCGCACAUAUACUAAUAAAAAAGGACCCAACAAUGCAUGGGUACCUAAAUCGUCUCCUUGAUAUCAUUUUAUAGGUGUGCUUGAAGGCUUCGAGUACCUCUUGGUAUCUCGAUAGCAGAUGCUCCAAGAACAUGACCGGAGCCGCCUCCAAAAUUUAGAAGUUCAGAGUAUUUCAAAGGUGACAAUGUCGUUUUUGGAGACAACAACAAAGGAAGGAUUGUUGGAAGUGGAACCGUCGGAAGAGACAAUGCUACAGCCGUUGAGAACGUUCUUCUUAUUGAGGGCCUCAAGCACAAUCUUCUUAGUAUCAGUCAAUUGUGCGAUCGAAGUAACCGCGUCAUCUUUGAUUCUAGUAAAUGCAUUGUAGAACGCUUGUGUGACAAUAAGGUUAUUCUUUGUGGUAGUAGGGUAGAUAACAUUUAUAUGUUUGAUCUUGAAAAUUCCU